GUGGGCGUAGACCAGGUACCGGUCGGAAAUCUGAAUCCCCAUGAUCAAAAAUUGAUCCUACCCUUGAGUCUGAACAACAUGCGAUCUUUCUAAAUCAACGAUCUGGAGAUCAAGAGUUUAAGAACCGACCUUCACUGCAGUCGAUGCAUGAAAGAGAUACAGAUUCUUGUGAGACGUGAAAUCAUCAAUGAUCGAAUAUAUUCUUCAACUCGUGCGUCUCUAUCAUGAUCUUCUUUAUUCCAAUCGAACCACAACACCAGGCUUGAUGAAUUUAACGACGCGCAAAAAAUCCUAAUUUAAAUCUUCACGUUCACAACGACCAGAAUGAUAAUUAUUGAUCACGCUCAAUUUUUUUGUUUGAGAGAAUGUAAAGAUUUUGGUAUUCUUCGGUCCAAAUCAUUAUUGAUCACGCUCAAGAAAUUGUUUUUGACUUCAAUAUUCGAGUGACACUAGUAGUAUAGCUUUGCUAUAAUACCGAUUGAGAUCAAGAACGUAGAAUGUUCCGUCAUCAAGAAGAAAUCACUUAAAAAUGAAAGACUCCACCUCGUACACUACUACUUUUUUGUCCAACUCCAAAUACUUUGACCAACUUCUACGCGAAUGUUAUGUGUCCUAAGAAUAUGGGUCAAGUAGCAUUAGUAUCUCUAGAAUCGUAGAGGCGAGCGGCCGAUUCUUGAUGUAGCAUGAAUGUUAUUCUUCUGGGAAGUCGUUGCUGGUGUCCAUCUGAUUUACACUAGUGAAAGACUAAGAACCUCCGACGACUAGUAUUUGUCGUUGUGCGGUGAUUGACUGAGUCGCCUGAUAUCUGCAUUAUUUCCGUCUGUGCUUCUGAUUUGAAUGUUGGAAAUGAAAGAGUUUAGCCUGCUUCCGUUUCAAAUUUAGAAGACAUUGCAAAUGCAAGUACAUAGGACGAUAGUGUCUCCUGUAAAGAGAUUAGCAAUAGCAUUUGCUUUUGUCUUCUAAAAAUAUUUUCUUGUGUUAUCUUCGCUUCUAAAACUAAAAUUCAUUAUAGUUUUAGUCCGAAGGAUAACUAAGUCUAAGUAGAACAAGUACCUAGGCAUUUGGUCGUGACCACCGACAGUGAUACUCAUCGCUUGAGUAGUUGUCACCUUCUACCUCAACGAAAUCGUGAGAUAAAUAUAACACAAACUCCCCUAAUUGUAAUGUGUUAUUUCUCUUGAAGAAAAGAUGACUGACAAGGCCAAAGCUGCUGCGGCUUCUCCCGCAGACCCAGGUGCGAGCGAUGGUGAAGAUGCUAAAGCAGCUUCAUCAGCUAGUGCAGUGGCAUCCACCGGUUCUUCGCAGGAGAAAACAGCUGCCGGCAGUGGCACCACGAUAUCAUCCUCUUCGACAACGUUGAUGACGCUGGAGGUCGUGCAAUCGUCGCAGGCGAGCAAACGCCAACAAAAUAGCGAUGGUGAAAAACAUUUCGCAGCUACUUCGAUUUCGAAAUCGUCAGAAAGUCAAAAUGUCCCUCGCGUUCCGGGUGCAUCGCCAAGGUCAACUGGAUCCACUUCAGCGAGCAAAACGGCCGCUGGUACCAGGAAGAAGCUGGCGUCCUCUGGCGCAACGAGCAACCCUCCGACAUCCGCACAGAUGAAAGUGAAGCAAGAGGUGGAAGCUGCUUGGGCAAGAAAAGUUGCCGCGGAGCAGCUCCACGCCACGACCCCUUCUUCUUUGUCUGAGUCUGGUGUACCUCUAAAACAAGAGGGAGCUACUAUUCCUGGAAGCUCAGCGCCUGGGUCAGCAGCAACAGCACCGAGUUCGUCAGCCUCAAACAUUCAUUCGAAAGUGGAUAAAGACGCAGUCCUUGAAUUUCCUCUUGACAAGACACUGUCCGCCGCUUCACCUCUGGGCAGCGCACGUGCACCUGGUGCGCUCACGCCAUCUCCGAGUCUGAAGAUCAAUAGCAAAGAUGAUUCUACACCACCAGGAGGAACUACUCCAGGUGGGCGAAGUGCCUCCAAGUGCAGCUCUGCGGGACCCGUGCGUUACACCUACGACGUCUCGAAGAUGUACCAAGCAUUGGGCAUUUUGAGCACGGAUUCUUUCCUCUUGGCGCUGGAAAACGGCGAUGGCGCUGGAACUUCCACAGCUGCUGGCGGAAACCGCUUUGCAGCCGGCAGCACCACAACAGGAGGCUCAACUAUGUCCCAGCGCAGCGGUGGAAGUGGUGCCACUCCGCGAAAGCAGUCGCAGAAAGAAGCCUUCAGGGAGCGCUUCGCGCAGAUGCUGCAGGAUUACCGUGACAACCUGAGCAAAGAGCUCUUCAGGCUGGACUUGUGCCAGCACGACCUCGACAAAAUGACCUUCAACGACUGGAAGGCGUUUCUGGAGCAGCACAAAGAAGCUGUUGUGAUGGGCGACGAUGGGCAGCAUCGACUCGUACAUAGCGACGAGAGUGAACAACUUCUGAGUAGCAAUAAUGACAAUAUCAAAUCAACAACUUCUGCGCCCGUGGGUGAGAAUGCCAAGGCAGCUGGAUCUCCUGCUUCGGAUGCUGGGGAUUCGUCAAAGGGCAGUAGUGUGGUAAACGGUGGCAGCCAGACAUCCGCGAAUGGCGCCGCCAGAAGGUUAUCUCCGCCGGCUCGGGGAACAACUGCCUCUUCUUCUAGCGUUGAUGGAGCGUUGCCUUCGCAUCUGGCAACGACCCCGACGACAACGACCACUAACAGUAGUGUGCUGUGGCAUACCGGUAACGGAGUGCUGAUGGCAGGGGCAACGAGUCCGGCUGCGCGUGGACAGCUUCUGCCUCCGAGUGCGCGCGUCACCAAGCCGCUUGGCGGAAGCACCUCUUACCCAGGCUCAGCAAUGGGAACUCCGUCAUUCAGCUUACCAACAAACUCGCCGCGUGCGUUCAACUAUCCAGCUUCCAACGCCAUGAGCCCGAUCAAGUCGCCGCCGCGUGCACCAGAGUACAUCAAGAAAAACAAGAUUAUCUUGUCUUCCGGACCCUCAACGCCUACCCAACAAGACGCGCAGGAGCUCACAUCUCAGAGAGAAUACGACGCCGCGGCCAGGCAACUUGAAGCACUGCAGAUAGGAAAGGGUGGUGCAGAGGCGGUUGCGAUUCCGCACAAGACACCUGUGGCACUAGCUGCGGGAGGAGCUGCCUCCGUGUUUCCAGGAAUGCCUGUUUCUCCCUACGGAGCGGCCUAUCCACCAGGUGCAGCACCACCUGGAGCUGGCGCCGUCGACCCGGCGUACCAAAUGUACCACAUGCACUUGGCUCAGAUGGCGGUAGUUGCCGGGUAUCCUCCACCGCCAGUCGCGCCUCAUGGAGCGUUCCCGCAUCCGCUGACUUCUCCGGAUGGCACACCCCUUCAGGCGCUCGGCUACCCGGCUCCCCCGCCAGGCUUCGGCACAGUUCCGGGUGCCCCAAUGUUACCGGACGCGCAACUGCAGGCCUCGUAUCAGCAAUACUAUCAGGCGCAGAUGGCAGCGAUGCAGGCGCAGCAAAACCAGCUGGCGAUCGCAGCCGCGGCAAAGGGCGCGGCUUCGCCGCGCACUCCCGGCGCUGCCAAAGGAGGCGUCGCUGAUUUCAAUGAUUAUGGAGGCGGGCGCACACCGGCAGGACGCUCGGAAAGUGGAGCGAACUCCUUAUCUGCUGGUAUGUCACCGACGGCGCCUCCCAUGUCGGCUGAGGAUACAUUUCUCAUGAUGCGAGACCAGCCGAUGAGUCUGAGCCCACAGUUGAAGGCGAUUUUAAAUGCGCCAAAUGUGGAGACAGAGUUUUUCGAUGAUACGAAUCUUUAUGUGGAUGCGACGGGCACAGCGCCACUCAAUAUGAGUACUACUCAACAGAUGCAAUUGCACUAUCAAGAGCAGGCUACUGGCGCAGUCGCCGCACCAGCAAGCAAAGGCUUACUGAGUUAUCACGGAGGCAAUCCUACGCACCUAGGUGACGUCGUGGGCGAGUUCACGCCAGCGCGCAGCACUAGCAAAGGAUCGAAAAAUAUAAAAGGUGGAGCUGGAGGAAAAGCAGCUGCUGCUCAUGGCGCAGUGCAGCGCGGAGGCGGCAUCUCCACUCCAACAACGCUACACAAAGCGAAAGCCCCGCUCUCUAAGGCGGAUUCACAGGAUCCCUCUUCCCUGGUUUCACUGCAGCCGGAACCGCAGAAACUGGCUAGCAAGCGCGUAAUAGAGCUUGAGCCGCAAUCGAUGCAGUCACAGUCGCCACGCGGAACUGACCCGCUGCCUCCAGGGUUAGAAGAUCAACAAGCACUGCCACUGCUGCAGGACGGAACUGGCGCGGCUCCUUCUUCUACCACGCUCAGAAGCCGCGCGCCGGAAACUCGAUUCGAUUACUCCUUGUCCGAGACGAAGAGGAGCCAUAAAAAGGAUGAGCUUCCGAUGAGUGAAAGCACAGCAGAAAAAAUCAAGAAAAUUAAGGAGCUAAGUCUAGCUAGCGGCACUAGCGCUCCCCAAUCAACGUCCCCCAUAACCGAGCACAAGACCCCCUCAAGUGUUCCUACUAGUGGGAAGAGAAAGCUGCGACAGCAGGCUGCAAAGUUUGCAUCAAGCGGAGCAGCUGCGGUAGGAGUCCCUCCAGCUUCCCAGACUGAGAUUCCUCUGACCAUUGGUGGAACCGCGCAGGUGCUGUUAGCACCCGGAAUGGUGUAUCCAAGUGGCACCGUUGUAGCCUCAUCGGCGGCUCAGGUUGUGCCGCGACCUCGCGAUACUGCCGGGGGAUACGCACAGCCAUCUUCCGUAAUAAACUCGGGGGGGCCAGCUCUGCCAUAUCAAGGGCUGGCCACUGUGCCUGGCUUCAGCGAAGAGCAUCUGCUCGGGUCUCGCGCAUAUAAUGAUCCAUACCUGCAAAUGUACCCCCAGACGCCUGGAGCAGGCGCGGAAGCGCAACCCAGCACUCCAUAUAAUCUUCCGUCGGGCACCAUCACAGCUUCCGCGGCAGCCGCACGGCGGAAAGCAGGAACCAAUACUACGUCCUCCAGCAGUAGCAAUGUUGUGGCCCACAUGCAGAUGCAGCACUUGAACAGCCAGUCGGGAAGCCUCUUGUACGGAGCCCAUGGCUUCCCUGGUGGCAACAGUUUCUUGUUGCCGGCCUCCACCUCUACGCUGGGCGGAGGCAAUACUAGUGGAGAAAAUACAACCGGCACAGGCAAUACUACCACAGGAUCCCCUCUCUCGAUUUCCGGUUCCGGCAGCGGUCAUCCAGUGCGGCGUCGCGGUGGACGCGCCGGGCGUCGGCAGCAGAAGAAGCGCGCCAUGCAGGCACUGGAAGAAGAGUAUCAGCGUCUGCUGAACGAUCACGAUCCCGCGGUUGCGGCGCAGCUGCUGCAACAGCUGCCGCUUGCCCGAGCCGUGGGAGCAGUGGCCCUGCCCGGCCCCGGAGGCGGCGCCGUUAUGUGCCUCAGCCAACUGCCUGCGGACCAGCAAAGACACCUUCCGACUGGUGAGGUGAUUGUACCCAACUAUUUCUACAACUACGAGGAUUUGAGUCAGCUGCAGCAGCUGCCGCUGGGAGCAACUCCCAGCGCAGCUUCCUCGACCGCCGGAGGCGAAGGUGAUCGCAUUCAGCUUGUUGGCGCUGGCGAAGAACUGCUGACAACCAAAGCGCACAAGGGAUCGAAGAGAAUUGCAGGAGGCUCGCCAGAGAUAGAUGAAGAUCCAGGCCUGGUGCUACCCGCGUGUCUGCUGGAAGCGGGACCGGGUCUCGACAAACUGACAGAAAGAGAAAUACAGGACCUUGUGGGGCUCACAUCACCAGGGACAACAGGUGCCAAAUCAACACGAGGUGCCGCAGGAGGUAAAACGAUUGCGCGCAUGGGCGUGGAAGAAGCGGCCCUCGCAGCGAAGAAGCCUCACAUGGUGUUGAUGCCACGCGCACGAGGCCAAAGAGAGAAACAAGACGCAGACAAGGGCGGCAAGGGAAGUCGCGCAGUGAGUGUUGAUUCCGCGAUUUCUCCGAUCCCGGAACUACAAGAGACCGUUGCCGCUAAUUUAGUGCGCGUCGUCGGUGCUUCACCUCCCAGCCGCAAAGGUUCUUUGGCAAGUACUUCUGGCGUAAACUACGACAAGGGGCACAACCGCCGCACCUCUGUCAGUAGUUCUCAACUUGGUGGUGCUGCGUCUUCUAGUAUCAAAGGCGGCAAAUCUUCCUCGAAAGAUCCUUCGUCUGCCAUAACCUUCGCCGGACCGGGCUCGGGUGUUAACAGCCACAUGAUGAACAAGGUGAAAGGUGGGAUGAAAAGUCAACACAUGAAGAGCGGUGCCAGCACCACGUCCUCAACCGGAACGAGCACUGUACCUCUCGGAAGCAGCCGAGGUGCUGCGAUUCUUCCACCCCAGCACUUGGUCCCUGCGUUCGCUGUCAAGCUGAAAAAAGCAGAUGCUGACCUGAUUGAAAUCGAGCAUAUCGACAAUUCGGCUGGCGGCACCGUGGAAGCGGAACCGUUCAAACCGUACCGCUGCAAUGCGGUCACGAGCUUUUCCUACUCCAGCGGUCUUGCGCAAAGCCAAAUCCACGAGUCAGGGGAAGUCUCGCCGCUCACAGCCUUCCUACUUAAGGACACCAGCAGUGGUGCGCCGGUCAGUCUGAAAUUGGAGAGCCACGCUCCUGCUCGAGAAAGUGCUGUUAGUACAACUGGAGGACGGUGAUGCUGGAGGCGCUCUUCCUAGCGCUGAUAUCGCGGCGGCCGUGACCCCUCCGUCAAACAUAGCAAGUAAAACAGAGCCAGUUCCUGAAUUGUUUCUAACACCGAUUUCCGAAGGCGAAAAACCAAAAACAUCAAGAUGGAAAUCAAAGGCAAAGAAACAAGACGACGCUACGACUUCGAAAAGUUGAGGACAGCAGGACAUGAUCGAUGAUCGUGAAUACUUCUAGUUGAAAAAUAGGUAGGUCGUUCUUGUCCAGUACGUCUCCACUUCUCGUUGUAUCGUUCAAUUAGAAUUGCUAUUUUCAGCGUCAGGUUCAUCGUUGUGGUUGUAAGACACAGUUGAAAAUGAUAUACCAGAUAAUAUUUGUCCAAAGCAGAUAGAGUUGCAAGUCUCCACGCAGUAGGAGAAGGGGAAAGUAGUUACUUCGACCUACACCUAUGUUAGAAUAAUUAUAAAUAUAUUUAUACGAACUAUUUUUUCUCAUUCCCUCCCUCGUGUGGUGAACUGGGAUCGUCUUUUAUAUUUGUGGACAUCGACCAUGUGCGUUCCAUUGCAACUAAGUACAUCUGCUUCCCCUCCCACAGGACCUAGUCUUCACGUCACGAGCAAGAUAUUUUUACUCCGUUUUUUGUUUUUCAUGGACCCCCGGAAAAUACUUAAUGGUAUGACAAGCAACGACACGAUGCUUCAGCUUCUAAAAAGGAAGCAGAAACAGGAAAGCAUGGGCUGCAUAAUCAUCGUUUACUUCUGACGCUGACCGAAGAUGAAAAAUAAGCUUUUGAUUCUCGCAACAUUAAACUUUCCUGAUUCGUCAUUUACAAGAAGAUCAACGCAAAAGCAAAUAUUAUUCUGCCAUUUUUAGGGGUGAUAUGAUGUCAGCAACAGCAUCUACGUAAAUUAACCACACAUUAUUAUGAAUGUAUUAUGACUACAUUCAAUUUCAAAUCAGAAUGACUGUUGUACUCGUAAUUUGUGUACGUACCUUCUAUCUCCCGUAUUGAAUGCUCACCUCCUCGAGGCGAGCAUAUUCCCAUCCCAUCCCGUAUUGAAAAAAAUGAACCUUAGGCAAGAAAAAGCAGUGCGAGAUGGUUUUCGUAUUUGUCCAUCCACCAAGUCCAUAAUUAACACCACUAAUCGACUUCUAGCACUUUCAACACCCUCUGCCUCGAUAGAUUUAUUUUCGAACAACGAGCAGAAUUGAAGAAGAUUUUAUGUUGACUGGGAGAAACUGGUGAAAAUGAAACUGAAACAAAGAAACGCCGUGAGGCCGCGACGACGAUGUCAGACAUCCAUAUUUAUUUGUCAUCAGAGAACAGGAACAGCAGAGUCGCCAAGCCCUUGCCCUGGAGAUUGAUGCUUUUUGAUCUACACGCAGAGUCUUGUUGAUGAAGAU